UUUUAAUGGUUGGAACCAUCAUGGUUCUGCUCCGUUUAAGCUUCUUUGGACCAUGGAUCACAUUCACAUUAAUCAUUUUCCAGCUGCUAACACUUGAUUUUUACCUCGUUUUUCAUUUACCGUAAUAACGCCUAAUUGUGCGCUCUAAAAUACUCUAACUCUGCGCACGUUCCAUUCUCAACUACUCUAACGCUCGAUCUCAGCUGAACCAAGUAUUACGGUAUUCCGGAUCUGGCUCCGCCUCCACACGUCUCUGCUCACCGAUUGGAGCCCCGCUGGUCACCUGACCUGAGAGGAGCGGAAGAAGAGAGCUCGACAAUAAAGAGAAGAAGAACGAUCGUUGGGACAGUUUACCACGGAUCCAUGUCAGGCGCUACUUGUGAGGGUUCUGUAAUCCCAGACUAAUCCAGUAACGGCACGUUGGGAGAACCAAACUUUAUUUAACCAGACGAGUGGACUGAGAACUCGUUCUCAUUUACAACGAGGAUCUGGCCGAGAGGCACUCAGGUAGCUUUACACCAGAGAACAACAGAUCAGUUGCAGCCACCAGGAUGCAGAGCACUGCCAACUACCUGUGGCUGAUCUCAGACCUGCUGGGUCAGGGCGCAACGGCCAAUGUUUACCGUGGACGACACAAGAAAACUGGGGACCUGUAUGCCGUCAAGGUGUUCAACAACCUGAGCUUCCUUCGACCACUGGACGUUCAGAUGAGAGAGUUUGAAGUUCUGAAGAAGCUCAACCACAAGAACAUCGUCAAACUGUUUGCUGUGGAAGAAGAGACCAACGCCCGUCACAAAGUCCUGGUGAUGGAGUACUGUCCCUGUGGGAGCCUCUACACGGUGCUGGAGGAGUCCACCAACGCCUACGGACUCCCAGAGGAUGAGUUCCUCAUAGUUCUCCACGACGUAGUGGCCGGUAUGAACCACCUGAGGGAGUACGGCAUUGUUCACCGGGACAUCAAACCUGGAAACAUCAUGCGUGUGAUCGGAGAGGACGGGCGUUCCGUCUAUAAGCUAACAGACUUCGGAGCGGCGCGGGAGCUGGAGGACGACGAGCAGUUUGUGUCGCUGUACGGCACCGAGGAAUACCUGCACCCAGAUAUGUACGAGCGUGCCGUGCUCAGGAAGGACCACCAGAAGAAGUACGGCGCCACGGUGGACCUAUGGAGUAUCGGUGUGACGUUCUACCAUGCUGCCACCGGGAGCCUCCCCUUCAGGCCAUUUGAGGGGCCGCGCAGGAACAAGGAAGUGAUGUAUAAAAUCAUCACAGAGAAGCCGUCGGGGACCAUCUCCGGUCAUCAGAAGUGUGAGAACGGGAAGAUCGAAUGGAGCUCAGACAUGCCGGUGUCCUGCAGUCUGUCAAAAGGCCUUCAGAGCCUCCUGACUCCGGUUCUGGCCAACAUCCUGGAAGCGGACCAGGAGAAAUGUUGGGGCUUUGAUCAGUUUUUUGCUGAGACCAACGACAUCCUGCACCGGACUGUGGUCUACGUCUUCAGCCUGCAGCAGGCCACUCUUCACCAUGUCUACAUCCACGAGUACAACACGGCGGCACUGUUCCAGGAGCUCCUGUGUCGCAGGGCCAGCAUCCCUCUGCACAACCAGGAGCUGCUGUAUGAGGGCCGUCGCCUCGUCCUCGACUCCAACCGCCAGGCCAAGACCUUCCCCAAGACCUCCAGAGACAAUCCCAUCAUGCUCGUUAGCCGUGAGUCCGUCGCCACGGUGGGGCUGAUCUUUGAAGACCCCAGUCUUCCUAAGGUUCAGCCUCGCUAUGACCUCGACCUGGAUGCCAGCUACGCUAAGACUUUUGCAGGUGAUGUGGCUCAUUUAUGGAAAACUUCAGAGUCUCUGCUUGUUUACCAGGAACUGGUGCGGAAAGGAGUUCGAGGCUUAAUUGAGCUGAUGAAGGAGGACUACAGCGAGAUCCUCCACAAGAAGUCUGAGGUUUUCCGUCUCUGUGAUUACUGCACGCAGACUCUGGAGAAGACCGAACAGCUGUUUGGGGUUCUAAUGCAGGCCAACAUGCUGUCUUCAGAGUAUGACGAGAUCUCCGACAUGCACAAGAAGGCUCUCAGGAUCUCAGGUUCUCUGGAGCCCAUCGAACGGACCUCUCAGGACAUCAAGAGCAAGUUCCUCCCUGGAGGCCUGCUGGGCGAUGGCUGGACACAACAAGUUGGAACGCACCCCGAGGACAGGAAUGUGGAGAAGAUCAAAGUUCUGCUGGACUCCAUCACAACCAUCUAUCAGCAGUUCAAGAAGGACAAAGCAGAACGCCGUCUGCCGUACAACGAGGAGCAGAUCCACAAGUUCGAUAAACAGAAGCUGGUUCUUCACGCCACUAAAGCCCGGUCUCUGUUCACCGAGGAGUGCGCCAUGAAGUACCGCCUCUUCAUCUCCAAAAGCGAAGAGUGGAUGAGGAAGAUUCACCUGAUCAGGAAGCAGCUGCUCGGUCUGUCGGGUCAGCUGAUCAGCAUCGAGAAGGAGGUGACCGUGCUGAUGGAGAGAGCCAUCAAGCUGCAGGAACAUCUGCCUCCAAAGGUCCUGCCUCUGGUGUCGACGGGGCUGAAGUCGCAGGCGUACCUGAGUCCCAACACGCUGGUGGAGAUGACUCUGGGGAUGAAGAAGCUGAAGGAGGAGAUGGAGGGAGUUGUCAAGGAGCUGGCGGAGAACAACCACUUCUUAGAGAGGUUUGGGACGCUGACGUUGGACGGAGGACUGAGAGGCUGAAGACACAGAGACAUAAUCCCUGUUAAUCCCUGUACAUAAUCUGUGUUUGUUCUGUAGAUAAGCUCCGAUUCAGAGCCGGGCCUCCAGAACCUCUUCCUCAGACGAAGCCGCCAGCGGUUACCGUCCAAGGUCCAGACCCUCAGAGGGUGGAUGAGCUUCCACAGAAUUCUCAUCAUGUGAUGUUUUUUAUUUAAUGGUGCGGACUCGGGCGAAGUUCCCUCGGGUCUAAAGCAGGAAGCGGAACGUUAGUCGGAUCUCUGGAAUCUGGCAGCGUCUCCGACCCGAACACCAAGACCCUUUUGGGGGAAUUCUGGGAUAAAUCUGAGAGGAGUCGUUCAGAAACGUUUAUAUCAUUAAAAUAAGAAUCAAAGCUCGUCCGGAUCUUCUGUGAUUUUAUCCUGGUCUGAAGGAAUUCCGUCUCUUCCUGUUCCUAGGAGCAUCCGUGUCUCUUCAUCUCCACCUUCUGUUUAAUCUGUAAAUAAAGAAAUAAAAGCUCCUAGAACACCU